ACGAAAGGCAUCAUUGUCAAUUGUCAAAAUAGGUAGAACAGGAGUUAAGUAGAAAAAUCUCGGAGUUUCUUCCCCUCCCCUGGAAUUGAAAAUGAGUGCGGAUGUGAAAGGCUCCUUUAUGUGAUAAUCGAGACAGCAGUAUGCCCUACAUCUCCGCCAUUUAUGCGCCAUCUUACCGUCUCCAAAGGUUUGUUGGCGGGACUAUCUUCAAUUUUCUCAUGAUACAUGGAAAGUCCUCACUCCUCAACUGAAAGUGCAUUACUUUUAGUGGGUCUUCGUUUUUAAAUGCCAUGGCGCGGCACACAAUCACCUACUGCGGAAUUAAGUCUUCCAGCUUUUCCAAUCUCUUUCCUAUCCCACAACCCACCAUGGGAAAAAGAUCUUCUUGUUCGUAUCGCUUUUCCAGUCUUGUUGUCGCAGCGGUUCAAGUGUUUUUGUUGGGGAAUCCGACGAGUGCAGAGCAUUUGGGGGUUCUAAACCAACCCAGUGCCGAAAGGGUAGUCUAUGUCCGGGAUUAUGGCGCCAAAGGAGAUGGUGUCAAUGAUGAUACUCAGGCUUUCAAGGAUGCUUGGAAAGCAGCUUGUUCUUCCUCCUUGGAUACAAGCAUGGUAAUCCAGGCUGAUGACGCUCAUCUGGUCCAACCAAUUGAUUUUGCUGGACCUUGUCUGUCCAGGGUGACUUUCAGGCUAUCUGGUGCUAUUGUUGCACCCCAAAGUCCCAAAUCCUGGGAAGGUUUGGAUUCCCUGAAAUGGCUCUAUUUCCAAGAUGUGAAGAACCUCACUCUAGAAGGGAGUGGAGCGGUUGAUGGAAGGGGACAGAUAUGGUGGGAGCAAGUUCGGUCCUGCAAGAUCCACAACACAUCUAUUUGUGUACAUCCUCCAAUGGCCAUGAUUUUUGAUAAUUGUGAGAACUUGAACGUCAGCAACCUUGUGCUGAGGAAUAGUCAACAAAUGCACAUGGCAUUCUACAAGUGUGUUCAUGUUUACGCAUCCCAUAUUAAAGUGUUUGCACCUGAUGAUAGCCCUAACACCGAUGCUAUCCAUGUCAAUGCAUCUAUACAUGUUCAAAUCUGGGACAGCGUCCUUAAAACAGGGGAUGACUGCAUCUCUAUUGUUGGCAAUUGUUCAUUUAUCAAAAUCAGAAAUAUUACAUGCGGGCCAGGCCAUGGUAUAAGUGUUGGAAGCAUGGGAAAAGCAAAUGCCUGGGAUGAGAUACAUGAUUUAACAGUUGAUGGAGUAUCCCUGCUUAACACUGAGAAUGGGGUAAGGGUCAAAACAUGGCAGGGAGGUCAAGGUUAUGCUUCCAACAUUAUUUUCCAGAACGUGUUCAUGGAAAAUGUCUCUCGUCCAAUAAUAAUAGAUCAAUAUUAUUGUGAUUCUUCACUGCCAUGUGCAAAUCAGACUGCCGCUGUUAAACUAAGUGACAUACUUUUCAAGAACAUUACAGGAACUUCGCCUACUGAGAAAGCAAUAGUAUUUUCCUGCAGCGACAGCAUCCCAUGUGAAGGGAUAACUUUAGAAGAUAUCAUGCUCGAGUCAUCCACCGGGCAUAGUUUAAAGUCCUCUUGCUGGCAAGCUUAUGGCUGGACCAAAGGUGUGGUACAACCCCCUCCUUGCUUCUCUCAUGAUAGAAGUAUGGCCAUCAAUCCGCCAAGGCUUAGUUGGUUCAAGGUUGGCUCCAUGUCAUGUUUAGCCGCCGAGUUAUUAUUCAAACUCAUAUUUUCACUGUAGCGUGCGGUAGUUUGCCCAAUGUGCCAGGAUGAAAGCUUUUUUAGCAGAAAGUUCAGUUUGCCUUGUUAUUUUUAGUCUUAGAUGCCUAGUGUAUUAAAGCCAAUUCAUGGAGCAGGAAAUGCGAUGUGCGGAAUAUGUGUGUAUAUAUUUGGAUUGUACAUUUUGUUAUUUUAUGUUCUUCCAUUCCAGACCCAGAUGAGGUAUAUCUGAGCAAAAGGCUUGAAUUCUAUCCAUAUUAUCAUAAAAUUGUUAUUCAAAAAUUCCAUCAAA